UUUUCUUGAACAAGCACGAGCUCUGUGUUUAAACGAAAUGGAUUAGGUCAAACCUGGUGCUUUGUGCAGUGAGACACAGACUGCGUGUGUGGGAGAAAGAGAGAGAGUACGAAAGAACGCGUGUCUGCUCUGAGCUCCGGUUUUUACGGAUGACAGGAUGUUGCUGUCUUUACGCACAGAUUCGCUUCGUCUCUGCUCGGAUUCAAUUUAUUCCCCCAAGUUACUGAGCGCUAAAUGUUGGCUUCGUUGAGACGCAGCAGAAUAUUGUUGUGAUUUUUCUUAUUGGGACGGAACGGGACUUUCUGAUUCGUCCUUUAUUGUGGCUGUGUUUUAUUUUUUUCUUCUUACGGUGGAGAAUAUAUCCUUUGAAUCUGACCUGGGCGUUUCAGAAGAGAAACUUCGGAGGUGCAGGAUGGACAUACCUGUAGUCUUUUUGCUCAUCCACCUGACCCAGACUCAGAUUAAAGCCCUGGUGGCAAGCACUUCGGAGAAAGAGGCGAGAUGCCCCCUUGGCCAGUUUCCAUGUGGCAACAUGAGUCAAUGCCUCCCUCAAGCUUUGCAGUGUAACGGACACAAAGACUGUCCCAAUGGAGCAGAUGAAUGGCGCUGUGGUGAUAACAUUGGUUUGGCAGACUUCAUUGGAGAAACCCUUCAGAACCAACCAGCGAUUUCUUCUUUUCUCAAUGAAUGUUUUUUGCAGGAGUACCCGGAAAGUUGUGACUGCAUCCAAACAGACAUCAAGUGUGUGGAGGUCAACCUCGAAGAUGUUCCCCUGGUUUCACCAAAUGUCACAUGGCUGUCACUGAGGAGCAACAAGAUCCAAAUUCUGCCCGACUUUGUUUUCUCUGAAUACUCUGCACUGGAGAGAUUAUUUCUACAGAACAACAGCCUCCAGUUCAUAUCAAAACAUGCCUUCAGUGGACUGUACAGUCUUAAAAAGCUGUUUCUCAGCAACAACUUAAUAUCCUCCCUCAGUCCUGGCGUAUUCAAGGAUCUGAGUCGGUUAGAAUGGCUGAUGUUGGAUCAUAACCCACUCAGCAGUUUGACGCAUGAGACGUUCUUUGGACUUCGUUCGCUCGUUUUUCUAUCAAUGGUGCACACCUCACUGCAGCAGCUUCCUCAUCCCAGCUUCUGUCAACACAUGCCUGCCCUGGACUGGCUGGAUCUCGAGGGAAACCAGAUUCAGACUCUCAACUAUUCCAUCUUAAAAACAUGCAGCAAACUUGAAGUCCUAUUACUGAUGGACAACAGAAUCACAAGAGUCCCUGAAGACACAUUUCAGUCUCUGUGGAAGCUUGGUGAACUAAAUCUUUCUGGUAAUAGAAUCAAUGAGCUGCCAAAGAACACAUUCAAGAACCUCUCCAAGUCCCUCCUGAAACUAAAUAUAUCCUACAAUCCCCUUCUCCGCAUUCAUCCAAGUCACUUCAACCACCUGACACAGCUUCAGUCUCUGGCUCUGGAAGGUAUUGAGAUACCAGAUAUUCAGACUAAAAUGUUUCUUCCCAUGAAGAACCUUUCACACAUCUACUUUAAGAAAUUCCAGUACUGCUCCUAUGCUCCUCAUGUGAGAUCCUGCAAGCCCAACACAGAUGGCAUCUCUUCAUUUGAGGACCUGCUGGCAAACAUGGUGCUGCGGGUGUCUGUUUGGGUCAUGGCUUUCAUUACCUGCUUUGGGAAUCUUUUAGUCAUCGGUAUGAGAUCACUGAUCCGUGCAGAAAACAAUCUACAUGCUGCCUGCAUCAAAGUCCUCUGCUGUGCAGACUGUCUGAUGGGGGUGUACUUGUUUUUCGUUGGAGUGUUUGAUGUGAAGUUCCGGGGACAGUACAAUCGAAAUGCCCUGCUGUGGAUGGAGAGUGUGGAGUGUCGCACCAUUGGCUUUCUAGCCAUGCUCUCCUCAGAGGUAUCUGUUCUCCUCCUGACGUACUUGACUUUGGAGAAGUUCCUGGUUAUUGUGUUCCCUUUCAGCAAUUUGCGCCCAGGAAAACUUCAGACUGGGGUGAUCCUGUCGUCUAUCUGGCUGAUGGGCUUUAUCAUUGCUGCUGUGCCACUUAUGAAUGAAGACAUCUUUGGGAACUACUACGGACGUAACGGAGUCUGCUUUCCUCUACACUCUGACAGGCAAGAGAAACCUACAAGCAAAGGAUAUUCAACUGGGAUAUUUCUAGGUCUAAAUCUGGUGGCGUUUCUUGUGAUCGUCUUCUCCUACUCCAGCAUGUUCUAUUCCAUCUACAAAACUGGAAUCAAUGCGACUGACCUGCGGAGCAGACUGCACCGAGACGUGGCAGUGGCCAACAGAUUUUUCUUUAUAGUGUUCUCUGACGCCCUCUGCUGGAUUCCCAUAUUUUUAGUGAAGAUUCUCUCGCUGCUGGAAGUGGAGAUACCAGACACGAUUUCCAGCUGGGUUGUCAUUUUCAUUCUUCCAAUCAACAGUGCCUUGAACCCCAUCCUGUACACUCUGACAACCAGCUUCUUUAGAGAGCAGGUGGAGCUCUUGCUCUGUCGCUGGCAGAGAAGACACACCCUGAAGAAAGACCGCAAAAGCCUCACUUCCUCCACCAUCUUCGUGGAGACGGCGCGGCCGCAGUGCUACCAGCCGCCUACCUACCUCAAGCAGCUGUCGCUGGUCGAAGUGGACCCUCGCUAUGCCUGAGAGGACUUUUUUUUGAAACUGUACCAUUUUCUAUAAACUACGGGUCAUAGGCCAAUUUUAUUGCCACAUUUUUAAGCUCUUACAUGACAACAGCACUGUUUUUAACACUCCCAGGAGGAAAAAAAUGUUACAAUCACUGUGCUGAUUCAUCAUGCUCUGACAUUUUUUUUAAUGUCUUGUGUUUUUUGUCGUGCACAAAGGCAGCACCUUCAGCUUACUGUUAUAAAUGUCUUACUCAAAGCCUCCUUAGCAUGGGCAUGAGGAGCCAAGGCUUACACCACCAAUGUUGCAUCUUGGAGGAGUUUCUGUGUUGUUUAAGCUGCAGUUUCCACCUUACUUUCUAUGAAAAGGUCUAACACGUAGAUUACAUCCAACACUCGCGACACCUGUUGAUACUUCAGUGUCAUCUGAUUGAAUUUAUGGGAGAUGUGCAAAAGCAGAUAUCGCUUUUAUCUCAGUCACAUACACUGUUAUCCAUGAAGAGACUGACCAACUGUUUAACAAUUAUCUGGGAGCUAAACUGAGUUCAAUCAGAAAUGGACAAACAGGUAAAGAACAAAAGUAAUUUUGCUUCUUUAAGAUGUAGCACUCAAACGUUUUUUAAUUGUAAAAUUACAAAUCUGCUUUUGCAUUAUGUAGUCAUUUACCGUGCACAAAGUUAAUGCAUGUAUGAAAAUGCCAAAAAACCUUAAGAAAUGUUUAGGGUCAUUUUUGAAUCUGAGAGAUUUAGCCUUUCUAUUUUAAACCAUUUCUUCUGUAAUUCCUUUUCCUCUUGUCUGUCGGUUUAGAGGGCGUUUCAGCUUUACUAAAUAAAGUUGUAUAUAAAUCAGUUAGAAUACCAAAUAAGUUAGUUUCAUUAAUUCAGGUUAUAAAUUAAAACUCGUGCUUUACAUAUAUUUAUUACAGACAGACUGUAUAUUCUAUGCAGUUUGUCUAUAACUGUAUAAUAUACUUUAAUUUUUUAAAUAACUGAUGAUUAUGACUUUCAUGAUCAUAACUGAAAAAUCCCAAAUGCAGUUUCUCCAAAAAUAUUAAAGUUAGAAGUUAUAAGAAUUUGAAGAAUGUGAAUUUACUAAAUGUUUUAUGCACUUUAUACUUAGUUGGGGGUCCUUUUGCACGAAUUUCUGCAUCCAAUGAUUGAGGUGUUAACAAAGCCAAUGGUGUUUUAAUUGCCUUCAGCUCAUCUGCACUCCUUUUAUUGAUUCUCUAUGGGGUUUGGGUCAGGGCAAUUUGCUGGCAUGUAAAGCAAGGUAUACACUGUUUCCUGGAUAAUUCAGUGUGUUGCGGCUCUCUAAUUCAAGUUUCACUAUUCGCCUUCCGAAUGAGCUUUUGAUUGGGCUUUACCUCUUAUGGUUUAGAUUAUCUCUGUUUUUAUUGAUCUUUUUUCCAUUCACCUCCAUUAAUGUGCUUUGGUAGCAGAACUAUAAACAGCCUGCUUUUCUGUCAAUUAGAUUUGUAUGUUUAUAUACCUUGUGGAGGGUCUUAAUGACUGUCAGCAGUCUUCUCCAUAAUUGUUUAAUCCAUAAUGCACCCGUCUGUAUUUCAAAUCUUUUUUUAACUGGUCUUAAAUUUUAGUUGUUGGGGAUUUUUGAGGGUGAGGGGCCUCAGAAAUUGAGAUUUUGGAUUUUUAGGUACUGAAAACUAACAAAAGUUUUCAAUACCUAAAUUUUUGUUAACUAACAAACUUAACAAAAAUAAAAUAGUUCCUUCGUUAGAUGGUGGAUAUAAGUUUCCUUCUUUAGAAGAUGGACUUAAGUUUCACUUUUGAAUUAAAUUACUGAAAUUAUGCUUUUUAUUAUAUUAUUGAGAUGAAAAUGAAAAUACAGAAGACAUAGGUGAAUUAGAAUUUGGUUAGGGUUGUAAGAAGCUGUGGCUAUUUUAUUUCUGUUAGCCAGUCUAAUUCUAAAAUAAUUCUAACCAAUUUUACACAACAUCUGCACAAGUUUUAUUAAUUCAUACCUCCUUUAUAUGUUAUGUGAACAACUUGAACUGGAUCAAUGUUUUUGUAUCAACCUUAAUUUUUUUUUUUCUUUUUUAUUGCACUUAUUGACAUGAGAAGGCCUUAAUACAUUUUUUUAGAUGGUUUCAAAUUUGCUUUAAAUUUCAUUGUUUUCAAUUUCUUCAUGCUUUUCAGCAGGUGCACUGACGGUGACAAUCGUAAAAUAUAAUUUUAAAUGGCAUAUUAGAAGUUUGAUUAGUAAAGGGAAAUUAAGCAGACGAAUGAAAAGGAUUGUUAAUAGCAUAAAUAUAUUUUGUAAAUAUCUGCUGUGGAACCAGUAGAUGUAAAUCUGAUUAAAUAAGAAGUGUCACUUGCUGUCAUGUUCAUUUGUACAUUUUUUAUUAUAAUUUGUUACAAAAGAAUGUUAUGUACCGUAUGUAAAAUGUUUUUUGAGUCAGGUUAUUGAAUUUUAUGGUCAUUGUUUGCUCUACAUUUUGAAUAAAGUUUUGGA